CCACGCCUCUUGCCGCACAUCGAGCCGCCGACGAUGCGCGUUGUUUCACUUUGUUUUUUACGUCAUGUGCAACAUACGGGUUUCGAUGAAUCGACUCGACAACGGAGCAACUCUGAAGAAAUGACUUUUUCCGAACUCCUCCCGGAUUAAGCCGAGCCUAUUAACGACGAAUAUUCAACGGCAGACACACUACCGCAUACUAGAAAGAUUAUUCGUCGAGAUGAUCGAGACACAGUGACGUCGGGAAGUCGAGUCGUCGUCGACACUUCAAAUCUUGCGCACUUAUUCCGUGUUUUCCUGCCUUGCCCUAACCUCGAAGUCCUCGAACAUCCCGCGAAUCAUUCCCGCAGAAAUCAACCAGCUCGUUUCUUUCGAGAUUCAUUCGAGUUAACUGGCGAUCAGCUGAUGGGAUAAUGGUAGCGCAUGAAGUACACUCCUAUUAGCUCCGACUCCUCUUCCCGCUCUAAAGUUCGAUCGACGCGAGAGUCAACUCGACUGGACGCAGCGAGGGAGUCGAGGGACUCGAAAUCCAAUCGAUAUCCCGGAAUCCCGGUUGAAUGGACAUUUAUAUUUAGGACUGGGUGUUUACGCGUAAAAUACAAGGUUGGAAGGUGCAACGUGCGACGCAGCCUACGAAGAGCGGAUCUCGGAUGAAAAAAAGGAGAAGCGGAGAGAAAAACUCCUUACUCCGUCCUCGGAGCUGAACCAAAUCCCAUUUUGCUUGGCGCGAAAACUCGCUGCCGAUCGGUCGCUGUCGGCACAAAUGGUGGAGCCAGGGGCGGGGAUGAGGACAGGGCGAGGAGGGCACGCGCGAUCAACUUCGUUUCGGUGCGACCGUGCGCACUCGAGCGAGGACCAGCAUAGCGCGCCGAUGGCAGCGUAAACGCUCGCGUCGCCGCCGCCGACGACGAGCGAGAGAGAGAGAUUGGGACUCUUGGUGCGCGACUCUCGGUACGCCGAAACCGUACGCCUGCCAGCCGGGGAAGUGUGCAAGGGGGAUACGAAAGAAAGAGACACGAAAGAGAGAGAGAGAGAGGGAGGCGAGAGAUCGAGUGCAUAAGAUUCAUCAAAGUGCGUGCGUGCGUGCGUGCAUGUGCUGCGUUGUGCUGCGCUACGCCUCAGUAAAUUCACACUCCCUCGAAAGGAAGAGGGAGCGAUAGAGAGAAGAGGUCGUCGAGCGGGACAGGGGAGAGGAGAGCGAGAGAAGAAACGGGGAAGAAGAGAGACGCACGCUCGUGGCGCGUUCGCGACGAACGGGCGCGCAACACCGCACAACACACGGCGAUCGCCGCGGAGAGAGAGAAGACUGCCGAGGUUCGGAGCGGACAGAGGCGGAGGAGACGAGGCGAGACGUGUGACGUGACGUGACGUUACGUUACGUUACAUUGAGAACGCGUCGCGGGCCCGCCGCCGUUGUCGUCGUUCAUCGGAGUGUGUAGGACUCCUCACGCGGCCCGCGGCUUCGAGAGGAGUCGAGUUGCCGGAGUCGCACACGCGUCCCGCCGCUCGCUCGCUCGCUCUCGCCUGCCGACGCGGAUCGGGGUUGUCACCGCCUCCACCGCCGGAGUUGUCGUCGAGGCCGAAGCACUACGUGUCGCUGACCACCUGCCGGACAGCAUGGACAUGUCCAAGAGCCUGUUUGCGGAAAUCCUCGUCUUGCAACAGAAACUGAAGAGCGCGAUACUCGAGCAUCAGACAAUCGUGGAAAGGCUGAAGGAUGACCCAGAUAACCAAAAUAUACUCGGCCAGAUAAAGAAAAUCGAGUUGCACAUCUUAAGUUUGGGAAAAUGCCAGAAUGAGAUUGUGGAGCGGCUGCGCGAGGAGAUAAACGCGUCCAAGGCAGACAACGCGAACGGAUCGAAAAUUUCUAUACCGUCUCUGCUUGGACUGAACAACAAUCACAUUACGAACAAUAAUGAAACGAAGCAUGAAGCGGCCGCCAAUGGUUUCGAGACGAAGCCUUCGAAGGAGGACUACGAAGAAGUUGUCAGGAAUGGCGAUGUUCAUCAUUCACGGUCACAAGAGAACGAUUGUGCAAAGCUACGUCCUAGCUCAGUGGAAACCGUCUCCGGCGAAGAUGACGUCGUUGAGGUGUCGUUGGACGAGAAUUCCGAUGAUAAGCAAGAGGAAGUGCAAAAGGAACACAACAUCGAAUCGCCCGAGAAGUACAAUUACCUGCAUUGCCUCGGGCUUAUUACCAAGACCAAAUGUAUGGAGUUACAGAAGAAGAGAGUGGAAAGAAAACGUCGAAGCACAGCGAACCCGCAAUUCGUAUACUCUAUGUUCGAACAACCAUCCAAGCGGAAGAGGUACUCGUAUUUGCAAUCUGGAAAUGCACCUCACACUCGUCAGACAACAGCACGUAUGAACGGCCCAUCGCCUCCACCUAACAAAACUCAGCCAACCAAAUCUACCUCGCCUCCAGCGCAGAUGGUAACGAAGUCGUUGAUCCCAAUCCAAAAAUCCACCACAAGGCCAAAUAUCCUCAGAAACGCGGACAGCAAAGUCUUCAUCAAUAAAAAUAAAACGGAAGAUAAUCCAAUGCGACUGUCCGUAUCUAGUGCCAAAUCUGUUCAAUCGAUAGGUAACAACAAGGCUGUUCACAUACCCGGAUUACCGUCUAGUUUAACCAUCGAAAGGAUUGGGAGUGACUCUAUUGUGUGCAUCCGUUGUGAAAAUCCAGGUUCGUUAACAACGUGCAAGAAUUGCUCAAGUAACUAUCACGUUUCGUGUCAUACUCGAUCAUCGCCUCCACCCAGAAUCUGUCCAAAAUGUGUACUUGCAAUGGAUGAGGAAGAAGACAUCGAAAAGGAUGAAGAAGGAGAGGAACCGACAGAAAGCGAGAACAAAUUGCUACGUUACAAAAAGGACGAAAAAUUCGCUACAACAGCGAAUGCGUCAGGAUUUACUGGGGAAGCAAGAGAAGACUCAGAAGUCUAUAAAGCGUCUGGUGGACUUCAUAAAGUUGAUGCAGCUCAGAAAAAACGCAUCCUCUCCAACGUCUUCGGCGUCAAUCAGCUGCCUGCCUCAACCUUCCUCAUCCCGAUCACCGCGAACAAUGUCUCCACCUCAAACAUCAACCAAUCAGAGAACAACAUGCUCACCUCAUCAGACUUCGAUACCGAAUACCAACAAGACACCGUACAUCGCAACCAUCACGUCGUCAAUGACUACUCACAACCAAACGUCACCUAUAUCCAAGAAGAUCAGGUGUCCCACUCCUACCAAUUGCCCAGUACCACCACCGUCCAGCCAGAAAAGCAUCAAUCAUACCUCAUCGUCAAGAAAAUCGCCAAGCCAGCUAGAAGGUCCAAUCAGUCUUCUGGCGGUAAAACCGAAGACCAGUGUCGCUCUGCAACCAACAUUUUCAACUAUCAAUUGCCGACCAGUUGCAGCACUACCAUUCAGACCAACCUCCAACCCGUCAUCACCAAAUCCCUGUUCUACGAUUGUAACAACCGUAAGAAACAAGCCAAUCGUACAACCUCAUUCCAACCAAUCACCAUAUCAAAAUUGUCAAAUUCUCUUUACUCCAUCUCGAACGACUAUCAGCUGGACCGAGCAACCCUCAACGGCAAAAAGCCCUGGGCCAAACUCACACGUGGUAAACUCUGUGUCAAUCAGUCAACCAGAUCAGCCGCAGAAAUCCUAUUGUCUUCUUGCGGCGACGUCGAGAAUAACGGCAACGAACAGCAACGACCAAGAUCAACCGGAUCAGCGGAGGAAGCAGUUGCAACGUCGAAUCUCGAUGGUCAUGGCAAGCGCCGAUCAAGAAGCUUCUUCCACUCACUGUUCCCAAGCCAUAACCUGUCCCAUACCAUCACCAGUCGUACAUUCGAGUUACGAGACCCAAACGACCGAGACUACCCGCUCCUACGACAGCAGCUCUGCCGCGAGGAACACGAACUGGAGCUGCAUGAGCAGCCAGACGACAAGCCAGCAACAGUCCAGCUCCAGCGGCGCGCUCUCACGCGGUUCUUCGAGCACGUGAAAUUGGAAGAAGCGCAUAUACCAGCGCCACUUAGAACAAAGCUAGCACACAAGGAUGAGGUCGGUGAUAACGACGAUGACGACGAGAUUGCCCGGGAGGACAGCCCGUCCGACGAACAGUACGAUGACGGUGGUGCCGUUGUUAAAGCUCCAUUGUUGACGUCAUGCGACACGGACAAUGACCGCAUGGUUAUUAGCCUUCCUUGGCUAACUGACGAUUCGGAAAAUGCCUGCGACGACGACAAUAUCGCGAGCGAAGAACCCAUUCGUCAUCUUUCGACGCAAUCUGACGAUUACACAGAUUACGAGUUCGUUCACGUUGACCCACGAUCGUCGGUGACUCUACGGCAUUCAGCUGAACGCGAGAACGAUCGAUCGACGAUAACGACAACGGCGGCACUGCGCAUUGCACAAAGCAAUCUUUCGGAGCUUCGUAACGAGGUUUCAGUUCCUGAUGAUAAGGCUGACACCGAGAAACAAGACUUACCCAGUGGUGGGCGAUUAAGAAGUAGAAGCAAUAGCAGCAGCAGUAGCAGCAGUGGCCAUAGCGAUACCCCUGAACAAGCGAUGAACGUGAACGAUCUCACAAAUGACUUUAAUAUUCUGGCUAAGAUGGGUCUCAUUUCUCCAGGGGAAAGAAGCAAGGAGUCAAACAAGUCGGCGAUGGCGAGUGAGGCUGACGCCGCCACUGGUUAGACAUAGUUAGAUUAAUUAUGCGUUGACGUUAAGGCUCCUGGUUCUUCAUUGAAUCACGAGCACGUUUCGACAACGAGGAACCAUACAGACUUUUUUCUUGCACCAUACUAUGUUGAGUAAAUUAUUUUUUCUUCUCGCCAGUCACGUUCAGUAAUACGCAGAUUAGUAAAUAUACAAAUUAUUCUAAUUAGCAAUCGUACAUACGUGUAUAAUUGAAUCGGCAUGUGUGUCCUGCAUCUGCAGCGAAAACGGAUUUUUUGACGCAGAUGAACGAGAUUUAUUUAAUAUGCCAUGAUCGAAAAAGAAAUAUACUACUUUUAUGCUGUUAGACAAGCAAUUGAUGGCACGAGAAGGAAAAAAGAUAAAUGUAUGAUGCAAGAAAAAAACACAAGAGCCUUAACAUUGUCGAUCGUACUCAUCGUUACUCCUAAUCGCACUCGAAAACUCGCGACACGUAUCGCGUUUUCUCGAAAAAGAAAGCGGCGCGCGGGCAAAUUGCCAUAGCAAUUAUAUCAGUAUACGAUCGCAUUAUAAGAGAUAUUUUAAGAAUAAAUAACGACAUCCCUUGAACAUUUUUAUGCGGAGCGUCAUACCGUACCUCCUAAUGUAUUGUGGCCUACGACGCGGAGGAUGAAGACGUUGCUACAAUCGUGUUAAUUGUUUUACUUCGUGAAUAAUUUUGAAACUCGCCCAAUGGUUUCACGCGAUUGAAGAUUUUAGAGUAGAUUAUCUGAGACCAGGUGUGCUUCUUUUACUAAAGUUUUUCCUUCAUUUCUUGUAUGCAUCUACGAUUGUUGAAACUUUCUCCGAAGAAGGAUCUGCGUGUUUCUUUCGUAAUGGAAUUUAUCUUUAUACUCAAUAUGUAUACGCGUGCAGGAGGGUGCGUCCGAAAUUGCGAAACACGACCGGAAGAGGAAAUCACUAGUUUCAUUCGUGUCGGUGUUCGUAACGUUAGGAUGUUUUGAUUUCUCUCAGUUCAACAAACUUGCCUAUCCAAGUUGUUAGUCCUUGAUGGCAAGAUGAACGGUAACUAAGAACGCAAUGAUACGAUUCUUCACGAAUGGAGCCAAGAGUGAUAAGCCGAAUCUAGGCCGAAUUGGGCCAAAUCGAUUCUCCCGGAAACAGAUCUCGUUUUAUAUUCUGCGUUUCCGACUUUCUUCCAAGAGAUCCCUCAUCUGGUUGUGCGCCACGAUUUUCAAAGAAACCCCCUUCGCGUCUAGAUAAACCGAGCACAUAUCCGAGGCGUCGCGCGAAUAUCUCAUCUUGAGAGAAAAAAAGGACACGGGAGGAAGCCUAACUAUUACGUAAAUCAAGUCACAUUACCAUACUGCCUUAAUAGUAAAGUAAAAGUGGUACUUUUUAAAAACCGGCGAUCGGCGGAGAGCCGAUCACGCAGCCCGGUAGAACGCGGAUCGCGACGCGACGCGGUCGCAAUUUGACGGUUAGGCGAUCGGAGAACGAGAGCAAUCACAGUGGAAUAAUACAAUUAAUCAAAUUCUCGUUACCAUAAUCGAAAGCGUUAGAUAUUAAGGACCAUCGUCUAUAAGUUCCAUAAAGCGACGGCGAUAAAGUCGAUCGUCCUGUUUCUCACGAAAGUUGUAUUCUUGCCGGAGGCAGUUCGUGAAGACAAGAAAAGGGAGAUAGUAAGAAUUGUGUGUGUGUAUGUGUGUGCGCAUGCGUGUAUGCAUAUUUCGUAAACAAUGCGUUUCGUCGAUGCGAACUUCGACGUUUAACGUUAUGAUUUUUAUUUGUCUAAAAUUUUUUUUUCGUCGCGAAUGGAGCAGAGCUGUGAUCCUUUGCAGCGUUUUUUUUCUGCAAAAGGGACCGAGAUGGGUGAGAGAUUGUUCGAAAGUAACUACAAUUACUUUGCCGUGAAAGAUAUCGACGAUGUUAGUAUUAUUUCUUUUUUUUUUAUCCCCGAGAUUGAAUUACACGCGAGCUGAUUUAUUCGUUCUAUUUAUUUGAUGUUUUAACAUUAAGUAUUCGCCAAGCGAAUUAUAGUAUUAACCAUCAGUUUUUUGCCCGUUAUAUACAUCUAAUGUAAAAAUAAGAAAAACGAAAGAAGAGAAGAGAAUUGUUAUAUGCAGCGUAGGCAACGAGAAACUAAGAUCGAGAGAUUCGUAUUUUUUAUGAAAUAAAGACAACUUAAGCAGAGUA